GGUGUGUGGUUCAGGAGAUUUAGGAAAUAUCUUCAUAUAUUGCGUUUUGAAAAAGUCGCGAAAAUAUGAUAAAAAGACCACAGAGAGGUGAAACCGAAGAUGAUAUAUUGCGCAUGCAGAAUGAAUUUUUAUCACAGCGCGCUAAAAAUCCAAAAUUGCAACCGGCUGCACAAUGUGUCCAAGUCAAAAGGGAUGCCAAGAAAUCAUUGUUUUUAAGAGCCAGAGAAAAGGCGGAAGAUAGUGCACAACAAUUGCCUAAGCACAUUGAGCCCCUUUCAUCGGUAAAACAGGAAAUCAUGGGAGAAAUACACGAGAAAAUUGUUGGAAAUCUGGAUGAAAAAAGGGUAGAAAAUUUUAGCGACGUUGUGCUUGGCGAUGUAGUAGAAAAAAAAUAUAAUGCUCCAAAGCAAAACUACACAAUAAAUAGUGAAGAAAUGAUUGGCUUUCCGACAGUAAAAAUUGCCACUUUAGAGCAACCUUUACAAUGCGGUAAGAGUCUAUUUGCGAGUAAUCGUGGAGCUAUAAAGCAGCCUAUCAAUACCAACGAGUCGGUAGCUCCUAAAGAUCUAUCUCAGAUUUAUGGAGACAAAAGUGUAAUAGUUAGUGAUUCGAGUAUUGGGGCCGAAGUUCACAAAGAAAAUUUAGCUGUUCUUAGCAAGAUGAAUGAAGAUAAUAUACUAGCUGAACGAGAAAAGCUUUUAAAUUCCAUUGAUCCCACACUUUUGGAUUUAUUGAGGAAAAAGCGUAAAGAAAAACUGAAUUGUUUAGAUCAAGCAAGUGGAAGUACUGCCACUGUCUGUAACGCCUCUGAAAAAACUGAUAUGCAAGACGACAUGGGUAUGAACCGUUAUAACAACAACAACGACAUGGAUAUAAGCUCAGUACUGUCUCCAUCGAAUGCUGCGCUUGAAAUAUUACAAAAAAGUGACACAGAAAAGUGGAUUCACUUCGACGUGGUUGAGACAGAUAAAUUGAAGUGGAUGCGAGAUAUAGAAGAUCACAUUCCGAAUGUAAAGCCAGGUGAUCAGUUUGAAGCACGCUUCGAUUGGAAGGGAGUGCUCUUACCUUACUUGCUUGAAACAACCGCUUCUAAAAGUUCAUCAGAAGACAAUACACCAGGGAUUCAAAAGGAUGAUAGAGAACUUUAUUUUCACGGAGAAGAACCUAAUCGACCAGGGUACACUCUUCAAGAAUUGUUUCGUUUAGCACGAUCAAAUGUUAUGCAACAACGCAUAUAUGCAUUCAGAGCCAUUGGGGGUAUCCUAAAUAUUUACAAUCAAGGCUUUUAUGACAGUGUUUUGGAAUUACCUAUCUCCAAAAUAUUUUUUUUAUUGCGUUUCGGAUUUGAUGACAACACACCAGCUAUGCUCGAAAUCGUUUCAAAGGCUCUGGCGCGUCUGUUCUAUAAUGAGGCUGAUGAGAUUUUGCUCGAUUUCAUCUUCGACAAUCCAGGUUGUCAUUGGCAGCCCGUAUUAGAUACUGUGGACGCAGGGACUGAUAUGAAAGAUAUUAAUGCCUUAGAGAGCUUGCAAAAGCAAAUGCAGCAAUUGCAGAUGAAUGAUCAAGGCAAUCGGUCAAUUUUUCAAAGCGAUUUCGAAGAAAACGAAAGUGAUAGUAAUACUUCUAUGAGCGAUUUUCAGUUGGCAGAAACAAACUUAAUCGAAUGUCUGAUGCGAACAAACAUUUUGCAACGAAUAUAUUUUAUUUUGCAUGCCGUUAAGCCCGAAAACAGCACAGUUUCCUCUUGUUUACAAAUUCUCAUACGAUUGGCACGAACGAGCAAGGAUAUCGCAGGAAAAAUUGUUUCCAACCAAGAUCUGAUGCAUUCUCUGUUUGAAUAUUUUUUGCCGGACUUGGGACGUCUUGAAGCUAAUGUGGAUGAGUCACAGUUUUAUUAUCGUCCUCAAUUCCUAUGUCUGAAGCUUUUAAGAGUUUUAAUUACACAAAAUCUGGGGAUCGCUGUUAGACUGAUGAAUAUGAAGCUUUCUGAAACGCUGACUAACUAUUUGUCUUACCGCGGUGAUAUUCAAGAUAUGAUGAUAAAGGUGCAAAUUGAGUGUUUACGAAUUGUACGUUGUCUGUUGUUAUUGCGUAUUGACGAUUCUCUUUAUGGCUGUUUGGACUCCGCCUUUUAUUAUAUGCUGCAGUGGCAUUGCAAUUACUUGAAGUUCGAAGUGGGCGGCCCAUAUUUGAUUCGGCAACACGCGUCUGCUUUAUUAAUGGCAAUUAGCAGCGAGCCUUGCAGUGCGAAGUCAAAUCGCAUAUUAAGUGAAAUGCUGAACAAAUGUUGCUGCGCCUGGUAUUAUCGUGCAACACGAAGUGAUGUUACUGAGUUUUCCCAAGCUACACUUCUGAGCGCAUGUCUCAAUGUAGUGAUAUGGGGCCUACGACGGGAUGAAGAGAAGUACUUUCGGGAAUUUAUUGCGAAAUAUUUGCGUGAUUUUCUACAUUCUGAAUCGUUUAAAAAAUGUGUACAUCAGCUCAACACCUCCUCAGUAAUUCUACGCAAAUCAGGCGAUCGGCGUUUUGUGCAUUCUGCAUUACCCAACGUGGGCGCAGUACUGCUACACGAAGAUGGGCCACUACUGAUUAUUCCGCAAACGUACGCUGUUUAUUUACUGUCCACUUUGUGGAGUCUUUUGGAACUUCAAAUUGGUCAAACCCAUGCGCUAUUGAUGGAUGCUUUGUUGACACCGCAAGUAGUGGAUUCCUUUGUACAAUAUAUCUCAUUGCUGUCUACCGGCUUGAACUAUUACCUCAGCAGCAAUUUCUUCUCCAAAAUUGAAGUGAAAUUCAUUUAUAAGUUGCUAAGCUGCAGCAAUUUGCUAUCGCAUUUCAACUCGUCUCAAAUAUUGCAGCUGGUGUAUAGUUACGUAUGUUGUCUCGGUGCGGAGUACAUUUCAGAAAUAGAACAACUUUUUGAUAGGAUUAUAUUUAAUCCUAAAUAUAUAAAUGUGUCUGAGUCUGCAUUAGAUAAAUGGAAGACAAUUUUCAUCGGCUUGGCUCAGUCGCACUACAUUAUUGUGGAGCCAUCAAAUUUGAGUUUGUCAAAAUCAACGCAAACAAGUGCUAUUUUAUCACGCGAUUGGCCAUACUUUUUCUUCAAAAUUAUUCUACAGAACUACAUUGACAAUGCACCUAACAAAAUAACGGUUGAUUUCUCAGAGCGCGAAGUUUUAGAAAUGACUCUUACCCUCGUUACUCAGCUGGAAGAGUCGAGCUCUAAUUUGGAAAUUGCAACGCCUACCGAAGAGCUAAUGUACGCUAUGAUUGCAUUUAUGGGUCCCGAAUCUGAAUUUUUGACAGACAGGAUGCGCCCCCUGCUGCGGAAACAUUUGCUGCGAUUGUAUGAAAAACACAGGAACUAUAAAUUUGAUUUUGAAAAGGCUUCCAUAGGAAAGUGCAAAUUCGAAAGUCUGUACUCUUUAUUCGCCGAUCACUUUCAAGCAACCAGCUACGGCGACGAAUUAUUCGGCUCCUUAGUUUUGGUACCAAUGGCGCAGAAGUAUGACAGCAAAUGGCGUAGGCGUAUGUGGUCGGACUACGCCCCGGCGUUAUGCUACCUGAACUGUGAUGAGUCUUUGCUCAUUAAUGGCUUAAGAUCCUACUUGGAGCCUGUCGAAGAAGACACAUCCUUAAAAAAAGCGUAUGCAUUUGCUUUAACUACAAACGAUGUGCGUCCUGGCACUAUUCCUUAUAAAAUUGCAAAAUACCACGUAGAACAUUUUAAAGCGGGUUCUAAUAAGUAAGGAACUCUUACACAUAAUUUUUUACAAUAUAUUAUAUUAUAUAUUGAAAAGUGAUAAUAAAUGGUUAAGAUCCGUUCUAAAUGUUAA